AUGCUAGUCAGACUCAAGUUGUCAUCGAAUGGCGCGGAAUGCUAUACCCGUGCAAUCAAGCUGAUUGGAAAUGUCCAAGCACAGCAUAUUGAUCCAUUUGGGUCUACGAUCAGCUUGACAUUACCCGAUUUCAAGAAACUCGAUACAGUGGAGGACUUGAUGAUAAUAAUCCUCUUUCUCAGAACGCGAAAUCACACCGAGCCAGACUGUGUAGCAAGAAUCUUGGAAUACACUAUCUCCAACAAGCUUCGAGACAGAUCUAUCGUUGGUCGUAUUGUUAAGGUCUACAAUGAGAACAGGGAAUUGCAAGAACUUAAGCUACUCGACUUCCUUCAAAUAUGGUCAAGCUUCCUCACCAAUGAAGUGUCAAAUUUAUCACGAAGGCCAUCAUUUUCACCAUCACUCUCACCAUCACUCUCACCAUUACUACCACCAUCACGUCCACCAUCACUUGAGCCAUCACUUCCUCCUCCAUCGCAACUAGGAUUGGGUAAAAAGGCUACCCAUUACGCCAAGGUUAACCUCCCUGUUCCACAGACAUAUACCAAUGACGAUAACAAAGCACUCUUGCAUCGCUAUCAAGUCUUCUACGGGAGUGACUUGAAACUGAUUCCUCCUCACUACUAUAAAGGUGCGGGAUUAUGGUUUGGUCUCGAUAUUUGGCUUGGUGUCGGCUACAGCUACAGCCGUUUGAUAGUAGUAGUACCACCAGAGAUCCAAAUCCUCAUCAACAUCCAGCCGCUAAAGGGUUAUUUUGGCACCGAUAUUACUCUCAACAGAUGCGCCUUCCUUACAGUUUGCAACAUGGAGUUAGAAAAGCACAAAAAUACAAUUAAAGGACAAUUAUUGGUCAACAAGAUACAAGAGACAAUUUCAAGCUUCGCCGACGAUGUAAAAGAGUUGGAGGAACAAGUCACUUCGACAGACCUUAAUUUAAUUAAUAUUGUAUCUUUCUUCAACAAGAAUGUGGUCUACUCUGAAUCUUUCAAUUGCAAUGUUAGAGCUGCUGCUGGGAAGUUGAGGGGCGUUUGGGCAGGGCUAGGUGGUUCGGUAUUUUUGGAUAUUAAAGGAGAUAGGUUUUCGUACGGAUUCUGGCUCCGCAUAUGUGAUUUUGGUAUUGGCUGGAAUCUUGAAUAUCGGGGCUCCAAUAUGGGACGAGUUCUUGAAAUGCACUAA